UAUGAGAAAUGUUUGUUGUGUUCAUAUGAUUGACGCCAGCCAUAGUCCUUGCAACCUCCUUUCCUUCCCUUCUUCUAUUCUCCUUUUCUUCUUCCUUAAUACCAUCAAUAAACAUGGGAGGAAACCUUGAGGAACGGACGAUCGAUCUUACAACAAGAAACUAAGUGAAUUUCUGCUUCGAACUUGAUAAGGAGAUGGAUGAAAGCGAAAUUGGGAAGUCAUUAUUAGAUUCUUUGCCAAAUUCGCCUAAUCAAAACAAUGGAAGCCGACCAACAAGCAUGGUUAUGAAGAAAGCACAUACGGUGUUUCCAGCACAUCUAGUUGCUGAAGCCAUAUCUACCCUCCACGGGCUUGAUCUGAGAUGGUCAGGCCCAAUCACACCACAAGAAAUGGAGUAUGUGAAGCAAUAUAUCUUUGCAAAAUACCCUGAAUAUUGUAAUGGACUUGUACUCGAAGAGGGUGACAAAAUUGAUCUCUACAAUCUUUGUAGCAAGGAUGAGUCAAGUUUGGAAGCAAAUAUGAGUGACGAAAAAAGAAAGUAUUCCCCUAGAGUUAUUACUAUAAAAGACUCUUCUUCACCGUCUUCCUUUAGUGCUACAAAUGAUCUUGAUGGAACGCAGUUAGAGCCUUCGAGGUUGCUGGAAACCUUAAACAAAAAGUCAUCAUUCCAAGGUAAUUUCAUCUCCAUUCCGGAGAUCCAAGUUCGGAAUAAGGCCUUACAAAACUGUGGGCUACAAGAAGAUGAGUAUCUUGUGUUAUUCACACCUACUUUUAUAGAAGCAAUGGUGAUGAUAGGGGAAUCAUACCCCUUUUUUAAAGGGAAUUAUUACAUGACGAUUAUUAAUGAAAAAGAAGAUCCGGUUAAAGAAUUUGUGGGAAAGAAGGAAUCGAAAGUCAUAGCUGCUCCUGAGUCAUGGUUGGAUCUACGUAUUAAAGGGUCACAACUUAGUCAAUAUUUUAGACGAAAGUGUAAAUACAGUCCAAAAGGGCUUUUUGCAUACCCAGCCUACAUCAAUGGCACUAGUUACUCUAUGCAUUGGAUUUCAGAGGCUCGUCGAAAUUCUUGGCAUGUUCUUUUGGAUGCCACUGAAUUAGAACCUAAAAAAGACCGAUUAACUUUGGCACUUCAUCGACCAGACUUUGUAAUAUGCACAGUAGAUAAUACUCAUGCUCAACCGUCAAAAAUCAAUUGUCUUUUGGUUAGAAGAAAGUCAUUCGAGACAACUCAAUCUUUAGCGAGUGGUUCUUGAUGUUGAUCUAAAUGGUUUGUUUUGUGUUUGAUUAAUUUGAGGUACCAAGUUUGUAAUACUAGAUUGUUGAUUUGUAAUAACUAAGGCAUUUAUAUAAUUUAUGACUUCAUGUUAUUUGAAUGAUUUAUGAAGUUUCCGAUUUA